AUGAAUGUUACUGAUCAAAAGGACCUAGAAGACGUAGAAUAUUGUUUUCUUUCUGGAAAUUUGUCAUGUCCAAAAGAGAAACGCGCUUCAGCAGUCUAUGCAAUAUUAUAUACAUUUUUUAUCGGAGGAAUUUUAAUGACUGUAUGUGGAAACCUUGUGGUGAUUAUUUCUAUAAUUCAUUUUAAGAAUCUUCAUACUCCCACCAAUCUCUUUGUUAUGUCACUGGCUGUUGCAGAUUUUCUUUUAGGAGCGAUUGUGAUGCCAUUCAGUAUGGUCAGAUCUAUUGAAACUUGCUGGUACUUUGGAGAUUCUUUCUGUGUCUUUCACUCAAAUGUUGACUUGAUUCUGUCAACUGUUUCAGUAUUUCAUUUGAUGUUUAUUGCUGUUGAUCGUUAUUAUGCUGUGAGUGAUCCACUUUUAUAUGUUACAAAGAUAACAAUGCCUCUGGCCUGGUUCUUUAUUGUAACAAGCUGGACUGUUGCUGUGAUAUAUGUUUGCAUUAUAUAUUAUUUUAAAGGGAAUACUGAAGGUAUGGAAGGGUAUGAUCCUUGUCCUGGAGACUGUAUAAUUGUUUUUAAUUCAACCUGGGGGACUCUUGACACAAUAGUGACAUUUUUCUUACCAUGUUCUCUGAUGCUUUUCCUUUACACUAAAAUAUUUAUUAUUGCCAAAAAACAUCAAAAAGUCAUUAGUACAAUAGAAGAUCAGUUUCAGCCAAGAGAAGAUACAACACAAAAAGCAACAAAACAUAAAGAUAAAAAGGCAACAAAGACAUUGACAAUUGUAAUAGGCAUAUUUAUUCUUUGUUGGCUGCCAUACUUUGUAAACAGUCUAAUGGAUCCAUUUUUAAGUUAUAGGACUCCUCCGAUAAUAGUUGAUGCCCUACAGUGGUUGGGUUAUUUUAACUCAGGUUUUAACCCAAUUAUUUAUGGGUUGUUUUACCCAUGGUUUCAACGGGCACUAAAACUUAUUGUUACAUUUAGAGUAUUUAGUACAGAUUCAUCUUUAUUAUGUUUGUUUCCAGAAAACAAUUAG